CAUGAUCUGGAUAAAAGACAACAAAACUUAAGCCAAAUCAGAAAUAUAGAAAAAGAGUCCAGGGAAAAGUUAGGAAGGUUGGGAUUGUAUCGAGUAUGACCUUGCUCUUUGUGUUCAAUCUGCUGUUGCUACUAGUGAAUCAGCUAUCGACCGCACCAAUGAAGUUGCAUGAACGCCUUAUUGCUGCAGCCGAAGGCGCCAUCCUAAGAGAGCAUCAAGUGAAUCCGGCUCUAAUUUUUUCUCCCUCUUUCAUCAUCAAUCUAAUACUCUUUGUAAUUUCUUGCUUUGAAUAAGACAUAUUUAAUCCAUAGUGUCAUUGUUGAUCAAUGUGACAGCAUAUCUUUGGUAUUUAAUUCAACAUAUUUGCAGUUGUACUCCGUGCAAGGACGAUGAAGACCCCUUCCCAUCAUUCCUAGGCUUGCGUCCUGUUUGAGGCCUGGUUCAAGAUGGUCGACAACUUGUUGCGACUGAUGACUUCAUCUGGGAGAAAGAAUACAACUUUGGCAGAAGCUCUUUUGUCUACACUACCCGUUUGUCGGCCUCUUUUGAAAGCCUGACAUUGCAUGAGGCUGUUGAAUUAUGCUACAAGAAGUUGGGGCUCAUCCCUUUAGGCAUCAAAACUGAUGAGGGCAACAGUAGCAAGAUGAUUGUGUAUCCUAGCAAUGCAUAUUUUGUCAUCCCAGAAAAUACUGUGGGAUAUUUUUGCACUCGGGAAAUUGAGAUUCUUCAAAGAUGGGUACUUCUCUCUCUGCUUUUCUUUCUCACUCUCUCCUUUCUCUUUUUCUUUUGCUUCUUAUUAUACUUUGUUAAAAAGAUUAUGAUGUGGAUGAAUGUGGGUAUCUUAUUCCAUUUUUUUCUUGCUGAAUACUAUAAGCUAUCUUAGAGCCUAACUAGACUUGUUUCAUUUCAUUUCACUUGUUUAAUUCUGUUGGACUGGUGGACGUGGUGGUUGUAUAUGAGACACUUUUAGGGCUACUCUCUUUUAAACUGCUGAACCCUCCCACACUCAUACUGUGCUGGAGACUUUGUAGACUCCAUCUUGAAUAUUUUUCUCUGCUCAUGACAGGAUCUUGUCAAAUAGGGUGAGGUGACUCUUGGCUGCAGCUGCCCAAGCAAGAGUUGAAUUCUCCAUUGUAGAGUGGAUCUGAGCCUUGUACAAGGUUUCAUUCCCUCUGGCAUUAAAAAAACACAGUAUUCUUCUUCAUGAAGUUUCCUGGGUGCUUUCCUUACCGUAUUUUCUUUGAGUUUGGAAGGUCAGCUUUUUGUCAUAUGUGAUACCAAGGACCUGCCACCUACCCACACUACAAGGCCUGCAAGUCUGCCAUUGAUUGUUUCAGUGACUAGUCUCAUUUUUUCUUCCGUAACUAGCAGAGAUUGUCAAGUGUGCAAAGACUUCAGUUUCAGGUAGGAGAUUUAGGUCACUCUGAUGUUCCACAUGAGGGAUCCUAGGAUUGUUUUCCUGUGGAACACCUGCUGAGCUAGCAUGUUGUGCUGAUGUCUACUUUUAAGGACCACUCUUAGUACCCAGUUACAGAGUUAGUUCCUGAGUAAGAUACAUGUCAAUAUAUGUAGUUUCUCUACCAGUGCUCUGUCUAGCUCUACACUCCUGACAGAUGUCAGAACAUAGCAAAUCAGAACAUAGCAUAGCUAUCAGAACAUAGCAAAAUUACCCACAGAUAUGGGUAUAGAAUUCAAAUUGCUCUAUUAAACCCAACACAACAGUAAAAAAUCUAGAGGUACACAUAGACAGAUACGUUUGAGACACUCUUAUAUACUUAAAUCACAUCAAAGAAUUGCUGUUCUACAAACAUUAGCACUUAGUAUUAUUACUGUCUAAACAUCUUGGGCUCAACAAACAAAACACAAAUACAAGGGCACAAAAACUACAGAACUUUGCAGCAAGAGUAGCACUAGGAAAUGUAAAUAAAUAUGACCACAUCACACCACAUAUAAACAAACUAAAACUAUCACGUAUUCUAAUCCAUAAAAUCAUACAAGGAAAUUACCCAAAUUGACUAUUACCUAUAAAGACAACAGUUAACAUAGCAGGUGUCCAUACAAGGAAAAUAACUCAAAGUAUAUCAAAAGAUCAAAUAAAGAAUGCAGAAUUGUGUAGAUCCAAGGCCUGUUGAUCUGGAACCAACUAACAGAAAAUAUUAAACAUAUCUGAAACCAAAAGACAUUUAAAACAAAGCUGAAAUAACAUCUACAGAAAUAUCAAUGACAUCAGGCAUUUAAACAUUAAACCAGGCACAAUAUUUCAGUCACUUUUGAUGUUAAGGUUCUGUCUAAUCUUUUUAAGCAUAUAACAUCUAAUUACACAAUGUAAUCACCAUAUAUUUAAAUAGAAUACCAAUAUAAUUAAUGGAAUAAAGUGUUCUGAUUUGGAAUUGGAAUUUCCAAAUCCAAAGGCUCUUAUUAGAAGAGUCCAUGGCUCCUGCUGCCAGCCAUUCCAUCUGCUGAUGGAAUGGCCUGACAACCUAGAAACAUGGACAAUGCUACCAAGUUAGGUAAAGCUCUCUGUGACUUCAGUGUCCUCACCGCAAGCAUGUAUCAAUUGAACAGGUUCCCCUAACAGGCCCUCACCGCAAAUAUGUAUUGUCUGAACAGGUACCACUAACAGGCCCCUAAAAUCAUGGAUAGCAACAUGAUCUGUGAUCUUGAUAUUGCCCAGCGUUGCUCCACAGUGGCUUUGGAGAGUAGCUGUGCCCAUUAUGCAGUCCAUGCAAGUGUUGAAAAGUGUUGGUGCAAGGACUUAGCCUUGCCUCACUUCUGAGUGAACAGGGAAGAAGCUCGACACUCCCCCACCACACUUUACAGCACUUUUGGAACGAGUAUACAGGCUUGCUAUUAAACCAAUAAUCCGUGUUGGAAUUCCCCUAAGUCUCAGGAUCUUCCAUAGCGAUAUGCCCUGCACUGAGUCAAACGGUUUCUUGAGGUCGAUGUUGGCUGCAAGAAGCCCAUGACCAAAUGGUGUUUCACAAUGACAUGAAGCUCUAGGUCUGUUGUGGACAUACCAGGAGUGUAUCCAGACUGCUCUGGUCACUGGUGCCUUUGUAGGUAGUUAUAGAUAUGAUUCAGAAAAUGUGGGCAAAAAAUCUUGCAUGCUAUAUUGCAGUCUGAUACCGUGGUAGUUGCUACCCUUUCCCCUUCCAGAAAGGGAUGACCAUGCCCCUCAAUAGGCCAGGGGGAAUGGAACCAGACUACCAGAUGGCAGUCAAGACUGUAUGCAAGCCCCAUGCCAUAGGUUCACCACCAGCCUUUAGCAGUUCAGCAGGGAUAUCCCAUGUGUCUGCAGCUUUUUCAUCCUUCAGAUUGCCUUUCUAAUCUCAGGUAGGGUAGGAAUUUUCUCGCUGAUGGGUGGGUCUGGCACAGGUAUUAUAAUACCACUUGCGUCCAGACUAACUACUGGAGGCUUUACCCAAUAUGUUCUGAGAUGAUCUGUCCAUCUACAGACUGCCUGUAGUCAUCUGCACGGAGGGCUUGGAGUUCAGUUUUCUCAGGGAUUGGUAGGCAGGGUGAAGGUUAUUUACAAAGUAAUGACCUUCAAUCUCCUCAACCAGAUUCCUGAUGAACUGUUACUUGUCACUUCUCAGCAGUGUUAAAGCCCUGUGCACCGAUGAAUGGCACAAAUCCUGUGCAUCUGUGACCAACAGUCUCUCCAGUGAGACGAAAUUCUGCCUGGCCCUUGGGUGUUUGCAAAUGGGCUCCUGUGCUGCUUUGAGUGUUUUGUAGCCAGCUGGAUCACAGCCAGAUACCGCAUUGUGAAUGCCUCGGUAGGGACAUCUGGUACAUGCUAGAGAUUUAGAGAACCUCCUGUGGUUCCAACCAAGAGCUGUAUUAUUUCUAUAAGUUUUUUAUUCUUGUUGAGAAGGGCCUCCCUUUCCAGACGUAUACUAUUGGUUUUAUUUGUUAUAUUAGUGUCACCAGCAAAAGAGAAAGUGUUUGUAGAAAUAAAUUCAAAAGAGUCUGAUAUCUCAGCAGAGUUUCUAAGAGUUGCCACAAUAUUUCCAUUUACUCAGCAAGCAGCGUGGCAAACAGUGGGGCAAUUCACAGUGUUGCAGGGGAUGUACAUGGGGUUCUUUCCCUCUCACACACGUGCUACACCACUUCUUUGGGAGAUUCCACUGAUGCCCUCAGGCUGGGCAUUUGAGUGUUGAGUAUCAACAAGCAUAACUAGAUUAUUGCAGUGGUAGAAGAGCUAUUUGUUCUUAAGCUCUAAUGACGGUAAGAGAGGGGUCAGUUAUGGUGGUCCAGUCUCUAGCUAGAUGCAAAUUUUGCUUGCUGAUGAGAGGAGGGAGGCACAUGUCCUGCUCAGGGAGGCUGGUCAGUGUCUUCGCCCAGAGCAGAGAUCUCUCUGCAGAUCCAUCGAGAGUGGAGUCACAUGCCCAGUAGGAGAUGAGGGAUUGAAAAAAAAUGAAAAGAAAAAAAAGGGGAGGGGGCGGAAAGAAUAAGUAAUUGCAAAGUGUCACAACGAUGUAGCGAAGGUUGCUUGAAGGAGGCCUGUUGUUCUGACGGUGGUUCACUUCCUGCGGAUGAGGAUGUGAACAGGGUGGUGGCCACGGAUCGUGCUGCCAGGUGAUAGCUACCAAGAGAGUAAAAUGUCUAGAUGUCAACUUUUCUCUCUUCUCUCUCUGUCUAUCUAUUCUCUUUCUCCCCCUUUCUCCCUCUCUCCCCUUCUGCCACUCUAUCUCUUCUUUAUUUUUUCUCCCAUUUUCUCUUUCCCUCCUCCCUCUCCCUCUUUCUCUUUUCGUCUCUUAUGUCUUCAUCAUAGCCAAUCAAGAUUCGCCAGCCAGUGGACUCGAGAACCUAUGCCAACCUUUGAGGUCCAAUUGUGUCCAUCCUUCUCACCUCCAUAGGAUCAUCAUCAUAGGACCACUCGACUACCUGAGGAAAGAAUGGGUCCAGUUACGGGGAAUCCCUGAGAUUUACUUUGCUGAUGGUUAUCCAUAGGCCAAAGAAACCCUAGAGGUUGUGAAACUGGCCUCUUGCCAGAUGUGUGUCCUCCUCAGUGCAGGACCAGAGGAACUGGAUUCAAAUUUCAACUUCGCAUUUGAAGUGCUGAAGGCGACUUCAAGUCGGUUAGUUUGCACCAAGAACAAGGCAGCUAUGAUGUUUGGCGGUGCGCCCACAGUGAACGGACUUUGCAACUUCUGUAAGAGGCUUCCUGUUCUAGUGAGUCAUAUCACUGAUGAGCCGAUGACACCUGCCAAUGACACCCAUGCUGUGGCCAUAGGAUGGACAAUUCCUCCUGCACUCUGUCACUCCUUUGCAUAUUUGAACUAUGGCAGACCAGAUGUCCUCCGUUUUGCAUGCACACUCCUGCAAGGUGGACUAUCACUUGAAUCUCUUGUGGAACAAAGUUGGGUUGGUUAUGAUCAGGUUCAAGUACGACUACUAGAUCCUCUAGAUGCAAAGUAUAAGACAAUCAAUAAUGGAGGAACAUAUGGAGAACUCUUUUGCCUUGCCAUGCAUAGCAACAUGCUAUGCCUUGGACUCUACAGAGAACUGGUUAAAUGUUCUGAAGAACCUCGUUUGAGGUAUGUGAUAGCAAACCCUGAGGAUAAUUUUGAAGUGUACUCGACUGACCUCGUGUUCGUCCUGUGCCGCAGAUCGAAGUGACUCUAGUGUAGAUGAGGAAGCAAAACUACAGGUAGAACUACCGGGAGAAAGUGCAAACGCUAGUCAGGAUGAGGAGUGCGCAACUGAUGAUUUAACAGUAACUGUAAACAUACAAGAAACUGAGAAGAAAAAUGUACCCAUCAUAGAAGAAGAGCAGGAAACAAAUCUUGAAAUAAACACAGGGGACUAUGUGCUAGUAAAGUUUCUUGCAAAAAAGCAGAAUUUUCAUUAUGUUGGCAAAGUGUGUGGUCCGGGUAUCAGUAGAGACACUGUCGAGAUUGAGUAUUUCAGACGGGUGUGUGAGUCUGGUAAUGAUUUUUUCAUGUUUAAGACACCUGACAUUCCAGAUUUAUUUGUCACUGAUAAAGAUGCCAUUGUGAAGAGGCUGCCAUUGCCAACAAUUGUUAAGGGGAAAGUAGUUUUCAAUAAAUCGGAGUUUGGUGAUCUUCUUGUCAGGUUGAGAGGUAUGUUUGCCUGCUGAUGAACACACAAAAUUUAUGUUUAAAGGUUUUAUUUUUCUUAUAAGACCGCACAAGACGUGUGGUAGCAUAUACAGUUCAUGAAUGUUUAUGUUAGUAUCGUUAUCUCAUGAUUUAACAUGCGUUGGCCCAUUUAGACAAAAUGAUGGGGCAAAUGGGCCACCAUAUAUUUUCCAAUGUCACACCAUUAAUUUUGGGAGAAAUACAGUUUAUGUUUUAUCGCUGAAAGUGUCAGCACAGGUGUCCAAAUUGAAGAAAAAAAAGUUUCAUUUCCUUUACAUCUGUGUUUGCAAUAACCUAAAAACUCCAAAAAGUGUGGCCCGA